AAAAAAAAAAAACAAACAAAAAAAAUCCACACCUGAGUGGCACCCAUAUAGCUCAGUGGGUAGGGCACCGGUCACAUACACUGAGGCUCGUGGGUUCGAACCCGGCUGGGCCAGCUAAAACAACAAUGACAACUGCAACAAAAAGGUAGCCAGGCAUUGUGGCAGGCACCUGUAAUCCCAGCUACUUGGGAGGCUGGGGCAAAAGAAUUGCUUAAGCCCAAGAGUUUGAGUUUGCUGUGAGCUGUAAUGUCAUGGCACCUUACCCAGGGUGACAGCUUCAGAUUGUCUCAAAAAAAAAAAAAAAAAAUCACAAUUUGGUGUCUUUCUACAGUCCAAAGAAUUCUAAAUUCUGAACCACAUCUGACCCCAAGGGUUUCAAGCAAGGGUAAUCGGACCUGCAUCAACAAGGUUUUGUAGUAAUAAACAUGCCUUCUUUUCGCUGGUAAAAGCACAAUUGUCUGGUGCACAGUGAGACUGAGGUCGAACGUGAGGAAGCCCUGCCUAGUGGGAGGCUUAAGUGCCUGGGUGGACCCUAGGGGUUCCCUCCUCCCUAGAUGCCUCUUUCCUGGGGUGACUAGCUGAGGAGCUGUUGAGGGAGAAUCAGGUUGGAGGAGGCUUCUGGCCAGCCAGUCUGACUUCACACUGGGAUAACUGCAUCACCUUUCUGUGCUCCUCCCUCAGGAUUUAUGGCUUCUCUGUGGCCCCCUGAGACCUGCAGCUGACGCCUGCACUGGGUCCUUCCUGGGUAGGCACAGGCCUUGACCGAACUCUUGCAUGGCUUUUGCAGGACAGGGGUUUAUGGAAGUUCAGGGAGCCUUGGAGGUGCCGUGUUCCCUGGAGACUGGCUUCUGUGGGUCACAGCUCUGGACAGAACAGGCUGAAGGAUCCUGUGCAAUUCUGCACUUGUCUGUGUCUAGGCCCCUGAAUACGCCUGGGGCAUUGGGACUGUAGGACCAACUCACUGGGUGAAGAAAAGAGAUGAAGAGGCAGUGGCUGGUGGGAUCGAACUGUAGCUCCUGCAGACACCAGUAAGAGCUAUAAUGGGACAGAAACUUGUCUUUUUCUCCUUUUAAGUCAGUGGAGAAGCCCACAAACCAAAGUGAGUCACAGAGUGGAUACAUCACUGCAGGCUCCUGCCACUCCAAGGGUAGGGUCACUUCUCUUUUCUGAGUGGCUUCACUGGCUGCUUGGUCUAGAAACUGCCUGAGGGCAUUUCCUGUCCCAGAUGCCUCUCAGCAAAGCCCUGCUUCUGACCCUCACUGCCCUUUCCUGUAGCUUUUCCUACCCUGGGAGGUCAUUGCAGGCCCCUCAGCCUUUACAUGGGAGCUCUACUCACUGAGCUACGGGCACCAAGCCUGUUAUCCUUUGUCUUAUACGGCCUUAUACUUGUUAAUGAUUUCGUAUCUUUUUGAUACAAUAUGUAAUUCCAAAAGGGACAGGGUAUGACUGUGUCUGACCUCCCUUCUCCUCAUGGCUGGCAGCUCAGUUUUAAGUGUUUAUUUGGGGGGGGACCCUUGGACAUGAGGGCGUCCAUUCAGUUGGCUAGGGGGCUUAAGAUUUUAUCUUACUUAAUUAUCAGAGAAAUGCAAAUCAAAACCACCCUAAGAUAUCACCUAACCCCAUUGAGAAGGGCCCACAUCACAAAGUCUCAAAGCUGCAGAUGCUGGUGUGGAUGUGGAGAGAAGGGAACACUUUUACACUGCUGAUGGGACUGCAAACUAAUAUAACCUUUUUGGAAGGAAGUAUGGAGAAUCCUCAAAGAACUCAAUCUAGACCUUCCACUUAAUCCUGCAGUCCCAUUACUGGGCAUCUACCCAGAAGAAAAAAAAUCCUUUUACCAUAGGGACACUUUCACUGGACUGUUUAUUACAGCUCAAUUUGCAAUUGCCAAACUGUGGAAACAACCUAAAUGCCCACCAACCCAGGAAUGGAUUAACAAGCUGUGGUAUAUAUAUACCAUGGAAUACUAUUCAGCCACUAAAAAUGAUGUUGAUUUUACAUCUUUUCUAUUCACCUGGAUGGAGUUGAAACACAUUCUUCUUAGUAAAGCAUCACAAGAAUGGAGAAGCCAAGAAUCCAGUGUACUCAAUUUUGAUGUGAGGACAAUUGAUGACCUAAUGAAGAUAUGACUGUUCUGACUGAAGUCGAGUGGAAGAACUAGAAUUCAACUCUCUAUGACAACCUUUGCCAACAGACUCCAGGGUUCUUCUAGGCAAAUCCAAGAAAUGGAGAGACCACCAAAGGAAUUUUGUUAAAUGCUAUGAAGGCGUCAGACUUUCAUUUCAGGUAUCAGCGCUGCCAGGUGCAGGAUGGACUGAAAUGAGAGGGUGCGAUUGGACCGGCGGCCGGGACUCCCAGCUGACCCUUCUCCUGGGGACACCAUAGAGAGGUGGUCCUCCGACGGCCUACCCCAUCCCACGAGAGGGGGACAGAGCGCCUACGUCACUCUCGGUCGUCUCCUGCCGGGAGACGAGCGGCAUUCUCUCAGGGGAACACUACCGUCUGGGGCAAGCCCUGAGGGUAGCGAGAAGCCGGACUGGGUCGGGACCUGCUUGCUGAACCUCGACGGGAACUAGCGCCGUAGCCUAGUUCUGUCCCUACAGACCUCAGAAGACAGCUGUGAGACUGGAUCUGGGGCGAUGGCGUCCAGAGAGAGGGGAUGAAGGCUUCUUUGCGGGCCUGAGGAGGAAGCGCAAGGUCAUGGACAGCCUUAGGUCACCAGCGUAGUUUGGAGGCAAGCCUGCAGGCGAUUCCCGUUUCUCAGCUUUGAGCUGACGGAUCUACGCAGCCCAGCAGCACGUUAAGAUGGCUGUGCCACUAUGCAUGCAGACACUUCAGGAGGAAGCGGUGUGCGCCAUCUACCUGGAUUACUUCAAGGAUCCGGUGUCCAUCGCCUGCGGGCACAUCUUCUGCCGAGGGUGUGUGACUCAACUGUGGGGUAAGGAAAAUGAGGAAGACUUGGACGAAGACGAUGAAUGGGAGGAGGAUGGAUGGGACAGUUCCAUUCGAGAGAUAUUGUGGGGGAAUGCCGACGAGGAGCUGUUCCAGGAUCCAGAGGAUGAUGAACUCUGGGUUGGUGACAGCGGUAAUUGGAACAAUGUGGAUUAUGUGUGGGACCAGGAAGAAGAGGACGAGGAAGAUCGGGACUAUUACCUAGGAGGCUUGAGACUUGACCUGAGAACUGAUGUCUACCCAGAAGAUGAGGAAUUGGAAGCUUACAAUGAGGAAGAGGAUGAAGAGGGGUACCCUGACAUCCACUCACCCCCUCCAGGGCAGUUCAUUUGCCCCCAGUGCCGAAAGAGCUUUACAUGACGCAGCGUUUGUCCCAACCUGCAGCUGACCAACGUGGUCCAGAUAAUUUGCCAGAUGUGCCCCACUCCUUAUAGGGGUGGAGGGAAGACUGACCAGGGCAUCUGUCCAAAACACCAGGAAGCCCUGAAACUCUUUUGCGAGGUGGACAAAGACGCCAUCUGUGUGGUGUGCCGAGAAUCCAGGAGCCAUAAACAGCACAGCACGGGUCCUUUGGAGGAAGUGGUGCAGGAAUACAAGGUGAGAGGAAUAAGGAAGAAAUACGGGAGAUGGGCGGCGCCUGUGGCUCAAAGGAGUAGGGCACUGGCCCCAUAUGCUGGAGGUGGCAGGUUCAAAGCCAGCCCUGGCCAAAAAAAAAAAAGAAAGAAAGAAAAAGAAAUAUGGGAGAGUUGAAGGAAGUGGAGGGGUAACAAGGAAUCUCUUUCCCACCCUCUCAGGUACUUGCUAGUUGAACUUUAUUUGCAGGGGGAGAGAGGUGAAGAGAGGGAGGGCAGAUUGACUUCCUCAGGAGAAGCGGAGCAGACCUAUGACAGUUACUGGAAGCAGACCAUUAUUAAUAUUGUCAAUCUACCGAAGUACAAGAGGGAUAGAUACUUAAUUUCCCUCUAAUGUGAGUCUUGAGUUGGCCAAAUCUGUGGGACGAUUACAGAUGAGAAUGGAAAGCCACACUACUUGUAGAUAAUAGAUGUCUGGAAAUCUCAGAGCAUAAGCAGUAUCAAACAGAUGACUGGUAUUGGUAGACAGAAUGCCAGGUAUGAAUUCUGGACUAAUAGUAGCAAGGGGCCAUGCCCUGCCUCUCUCUCCAAAUCUGAGGUUGCUUUCCCACCUUCAGUAGGGUCCAUUUUCCCUCUAGGGAAAUGCAGAGGAUAAAUACUUUUGAUGAGACAGACUGAAUCGCAGUCCUGAUCACUUUCCUUUCCUGAUAUUUUACCACAGUAGAAGGGAUGAAAGAUUUAGAUCAGAUGACUUGAAUCUGUCACUUACUGUCUAAUUUGGGACCUCUUUGUGUUAUGCCCAGGAGUUCCCCAGAGACCACGCAGACAGACAAGCUGAAUUUGCAAGGGAGUCUCUUUAUUCAAGAGCCAGCUGGCGACUGCCUCAGUGUCCCAACAAGGGGUUUCAGAGAGCAGCCCCGAGUACUUAAGGGGUCAGGUUUUUAAGGCUUUGUCUGCAUCCUGGUUGGCAUGCAGGCAGUUCUGGUGCAUCCGGGUACGGUAGCAUUGUACAGAAGCAGAAUUUUGCGGUUAGCCAUACAUUUUUGUUUUAAUAUUUCCCCCUAUACAUCUUAAUUUCUUUUUUUUAAGGCAAACUUUUAUUUUUUUAUUCUUUCUUUCUUUCUUUUUUGUUGCAGUUUUUGGCUGGGGCUGAGUUUGAACCCGCCACCUCCUGUAUAUGGGGCCAGCACCCUACUCCUUUGAGCCACAGGCACCGCCCCUAUACAUCUUAAUUUCAGUACUUUCCCCUCCUGGUA